AAUAUGAACUUCUGGCUGUCAGAAAGCGUGCUGCAAACCUAAGGAGAAGCCGCAUAUUUAUAGUACACCGGUGAUUAUUCUCAUAAAGUGGUCUGAUCUCCUCCAACUUCCAUCCCCAACGCCGAAACGCCAGAUGAAUCCAUCGGGGGAAAAGACAUUGCUGCUUCUUCUAGUGGUUUUAAUUGCGCAAGACGGCCUCUCAUCCAAAGGGGAAGAUCGACUCUUCCGGAGGCUCUUCCAGCGAUACAACCAGUACAUCCGGCCCGUGGAAAACGUGUCCGAUCCAGUCACCGUGCAGUUCGAAGUCUCAAUAUCGCAGCUGGUGAAAGUCGAUGAAGUGAAUCAGAUUAUGGAGACGAAUCUUUGGCUAAGACAUAUUUGGAAUGACUACAAAUUGAAGUGGAUCCCGGCAGAGUUUGAUGGUAUUGAGUAUAUCCGUGUACCCUCAAAUAAAAUAUGGAGGCCGGACAUUGUGCUGUACAACAAUGCUGUGGGCGAUUUUUUGGUGGAAGAUAAAACCAAAGCGCUACUAAAGUUUGACGGGACGGUGACCUGGGUUCCCCCGGCCAUCUUUAAGAGCUCCUGCCCCAUGGACAUCACCUACUUCCCCUUUGACUACCAGAAUUGCUCCAUGAAGUUUGGAUCUUGGACGUAUGACAAGGCCAAGAUUGACCUGGUCCUGAUCGGGUCCAAGGUCAACCUCAAGGACUUCUGGGAGAGUGGCGAGUGGGAGAUCAUUGAUGCUCCUGGGUACAAGCACGACAUUAAGUAUAACUGCUGUGAAGAGAUCUACCCUGACAUCACCUACUCCUUCUACAUCCGCCGGCUCCCUCUCUUCUACACCGUCAACCUCAUCAUCCCCUGCCUGCUCAUCUCUUUCCUGACUGUGCUGGUCUUCUACCUGCCUUCAGACUGUGCGGAGAAGGUCACCCUGUGCAUCUCGGUGCUGCUGUCCCUCACCGUCUUCCUGCUGGUCAUCACCGAGACCAUCCCCUCUACCUCGCUGGUCAUCCCGCUCAUCGGCGAGUACCUGCUCUUCACCAUGAUCUUCGUCACGCUCUCCAUCGUCAUCACCGUCUUCGUCCUUAACGUGCACUACCGCACGCCAACAACCCACACCAUGCCCGGGUGGGUACGCUCCGUCUUCCUGCUGGUUCUACCCCGUGUCAUGCUCAUGCGUAGGCCUAUGGACUAUCGGCUAGCCAAAGGCAUAGCCAGCGUUGAGAAGAGCAAGAAUAGCUCCUCUGAGCAAGGUGCCACAAACUUUCUGGAGUACAGUGAGAGCACGUUGCCCGCGGACACCAACAAGUGCUCGUGUCGGCAUACCAACAGUGACUCGGAUGCGGACUCUGGCAAACUGGUCCAACAGCUGAGCUCCCAGCCCAUCAACAAAGUGGUAGCCUUCUCCGUGGUCUCGCCCGAGAUUAAACAGGCCAUCGAGAGCGUCAAGUACAUUGCGGAGAACAUGCGGAGUCGCAACAAAGCCAAAGAGGUGGAAGACGACUGGAAGUACGUUGCCAUGGUCAUCGACCGGAUCUUCCUCUGGGUCUUUGUGCUGGUCUGUGUCUCGGGGACCGUUGGCUUGUUCCUGCAGCCUCUCAUUGGCUUCUUCACAUAAAUCCCACACAAUGUCCUCCCAUUGCCACAUUUUAGGACUUUGUUUUUGUUGGGAAACAGUGACAAUGCAUAUGCUGUUGUAAAAUGUAAAUGACUUAUAAAUUUUAGAAGACCACCGGAUUUUUUUGUUCAUGCUGACGAAUAACAUUUUUGCAGACUUUGCUGUCGAAUAAAAAAACAAAAAGCAUCCAGUUCCCUGGGGUGGCACUGCUAAAUGAAGAUGAAUUCCUGUUAUUUAAGGAGAGACUUUUUCAAUGGAAAAACCUUAUUUAAUAACGAAAAUGUGGAUAAUUGUUUACAGAUUUCCACCAUAAAAAUGAUGACUAAUCAUACAUUUGUUAAAUUAUUUUUGAAAAGCACUAUUGAAUAUUGCUUUGAGUAUAUUUUAAACUUCAAAAACCUACAUAUAGUGAACAUAUGGCUAUUUCCUGUUUCUCCUUUCCUCAUAUUUAAUUAACAUUAACAUUAAUAAAAAACACAGCACAGGGAAGCGGGGGGCUGAUCUUAUUUCCCUCUCGAGCACAUUUCAGUGUUUCUGUUUGAAUUUCUUUGAUGUGCUCAGUGCACAUUGCAGCCAAUGCGCAUAUGUGCUAGAAUACAUUUCCCUACUUACUGAAUAAUUUCUGCAAUAUGUUCACUCUGGGACAGUCUUCCAACGUAGUGUGUUAAAUGUCUGGAAUAUCUCCUGUAAACAAGACUGAGAAGCAUGCAACGCCCUUGGAUUACAGAUGUCACGCUUGUGAUGCAGCAUGGAAUGUAUGUUCAUUUUAUUAGCAUUGUUGAAGGAAAUGGAAUCACGCAUUCAUGUAUAUUCAUAUGUACUGUCGGACUGUUGGAUGUACCAGAUUCUU